AUGGGUAAGGAGAAGAUGCACAUCAACGUGGUCGUUAUCGGCCACGUCGAUUCCGGAAAGUCCACCACCACCGGCCACUUGAUCUACAAGUGCGGUGGUAUCGACAAGCGUACCAUCGAGAAGUUCGAGAAGGAAGCCGCCGAACUCGGUAAGGGUUCCUUCAAGUACGCAUGGGUCCUCGACAAGUUGAAGGCCGAGCGUGAGCGUGGUAUCACCAUCGACAUUGCUCUCUGGAAGUUCGAGACUCCCAAGUACUAUGUCACCGUUAUCGACGCCCCCGGUCACCGUGAUUUCAUCAAGAACAUGAUCACUGGUACCUCCCAGGCCGACUGCGCUAUUCUCAUCAUUGCCGCCGGUACUGGUGAGUUCGAGGCUGGUAUCUCCAAGGAUGGCCAGACUCGUGAGCACGCCCUCCUCGCUUACACCCUCGGUGUCAAGCAGCUCAUCGUUGCCAUCAACAAGAUGGACACCACCAAGUGGUCCGAGGAGCGUUACCAGGAGAUCAUCAAGGAGACCUCCAACUUCAUCAAGAAGGUCGGCUACAACCCCAAGCACGUUCCCUUCGUCCCCAUCUCCGGUUUCAACGGUGACAACAUGAUUGAGGCCUCUACCAACUGCCCCUGGUACAAGGGUUGGGAGAAGGAGACCAAGGCCAAGGCCACUGGUAAGACCCUCCUCGAGGCCAUCGAUGCCAUCGACCCUCCCACUCGUCCCACCGACAAGCCCCUCCGUCUUCCCCUCCAGGAUGUUUACAAGAUUGGUGGUAUUGGCACGGUGCCCGUCGGUCGUGUCGAGACCGGUAUCAUCAAGGCCGGUAUGGUCGUCACCUUCGCCCCCGCUGGUGUCACCACUGAAGUCAAGUCCGUCGAGAUGCACCACGAGCAGCUCACCGAGGGUGUCCCCGGUGACAACGUCGGCUUCAACGUCAAGAACGUCUCCGUCAAGGAGAUCCGUCGUGGUAACGUUGCCGGUGACUCCAAGAACGACCCCCCCAAGGGUGCCGAGUCCUUCAACGCCCAGGUCAUCGUCCUCAACCACCCUGGUCAGGUCGGUGCUGGUUACGCCCCAGUCCUCGACUGCCACACCGCCCACAUUGCUUGCAAGUUCUCUGAGCUCCUCGAGAAGAUUGACCGCCGUACCGGAAAGUCUGUUGAGAACUCUCCCAAGUUCAUCAAGUCCGGUGACGCCGCCAUCGUCAAGAUGGUUCCCUCCAAGCCCAUGUGCGUUGAGGCUUUCACUGACUACCCUCCUCUCGGUCGUUUCGCUGUCCGUGACAUGCGUCAGACCGUUGCCGUCGGUGUCAUCAAGUCCGUCGCCAAGGCCGACAAGGCCGGCAAGGUCACCAAGGCCGCCCAGAAGGCUUCCAAGAAAUAA